AUGCCAGUGAAAAAUAGGAGUGUCAAAGCUUUCUAUAAUCAUAAAUGUAUGCAACCAAAUCCAUACCGUAUAUUUUGGGAUCUUGAGUGCUUGACUGAGAAGCUAACCCCAGAAGAAAAAACAAAGUUAACUUCUACUGAAAGGUUGCAGAUGCAUAAGCCAAGUGGAUACUGUUAUGUAGUAGUUCGUAUGGAUAGUUCACUUAACUAUGAAAUCAUAAGUCACGAUUUAUAUAGAGGACCUGAUGCGCUAGAAAGAUUUGUCCUCAAAAUCGAAGAGGAACUCCUAGCUAUCCAAGAAGAUUUAUCUGCACCGGCUGAAAUGAUAAUGGCACCAGAAGACUUGAAGGCGUACAAUGAAGUGACCGAAUGCUGGAUUUGCAAGGGACCUUUCUUAAAACCAGCACCAGAGGUAGUACAAAAACUCACAGAAGCAAAGCAUAAUUUAUUAGAAAUCAAAGAAUGGGAAUCAUGUAUGGAAAAGGAACAUCCUGAAAAGAAAGAAGUACAGAAAAGAUACCGAGAAGCUUUAAGUGCACUUAAUCGAAAAGUAAAAGAUCAUGAUCAUAUAAAUGGAAACUACCGAGGCCCAGCUCAUGACUCUUGUAAUAAAAAGUUACAUAUAG